GGCGGCGUCCGGAGCAAGUCUCCCAAUGUAAGAUGGUGGCCGGGCUGGCAGCGAAGCGCCCCGAGCUCGGAGAUUGCCCGUCCCUCGCUUAAAGGUCGUCGGAGCAGCCGCCCGAGCGCCCGACCGACCGCCGCCGCACGUCCCGCCCCAGGAGCGCCGCUGCGGGUUUCUCCCCUCCGCUUCUCUCCUUCCUCGCCGCCUCUCUCCUUCCCUCCCCACCCUUCUCCUCCUUUUCCCCUCGCCUCCUUUCCCGCACGCUCACUCACUCACCCACCCGCCCGGCCGCCCCCGCCGUGCCGGGCAGCCUGAGAGGGAGAGCCGCGCACACGCACCGCGGGCCGGGCAGGCAGGAGGAAGGCGGACCUUCAAGUGCUGACCUUCUUGGUCUAUUAAGUUAUUAUAAACUUUUGCUGCUCUGCGAACAUAUAAAGAUGUCUCGCAGCCCUGACGCUAAGGAAGACCCUGUGGAAUGCCCUCUUUGCAUGGAGCCUCUGGAAAUUGAUGACAUCAAUUUCUUCCCUUGCACCUGUGGCUACCAAAUCUGUCGGUUCUGUUGGCAUCGUAUUCGCACUGAUGAGAAUGGACUUUGUCCUGCUUGCAGAAAGCCAUAUCCAGAAGAUCCAGCAGUGUACAAACCACUCUCCCAGGAAGAGCUGCAGAGGAUAAAAAAUGAAAAGAAACAGAAACAAAACGAGAGGAAACAGAAGAUAUCAGAGAAUCGCAAACAUUUGGCCAGUGUACGGGUUGUACAGAAGAACCUUGUCUUCGUGGUAGGGCUAUCUCAGCGCCUAGCAGAUCCAGAGGUUUUGAAACGACCGGAAUAUUUUGGGAAGUUUGGUAAAAUACAUAAAGUUGUCAUUAAUAACAGUACAUCAUACGCAGGCUCACAGGGUCCAAGUGCCAGCGCAUAUGUAACCUACAUCCGGUCAGAAGAUGCCCUCAGAGCCAUACAGUGCGUCAAUAAUGUGGUGGUAGACGGCAGAACACUUAAGGCAUCAUUAGGUACAACAAAAUAUUGCAGUUAUUUUCUAAAAAAUAUGCAGUGUCCAAAACCAGACUGCAUGUAUCUACAUGAACUAGGUGAUGAAGCAGCCAGUUUCACAAAAGAAGAAAUGCAGGCGGGUAAGCACCAGGAAUAUGAACAGAAACUACUGCAAGAAUUAUACAAAUUAAACCCCAACUUUCUCCAGUUAUCUACGGGUACAGUUGACAAGAACAAGAACAAAGUGACAGCACUGCAGAGACCCAACAGUAAUAACAAAGAUGCCUGGCCAUCAUUACAGAGUUCAAGUAAAUCAGCCAACGGUUUAACAAUGGAACACAGGAAAACGCCUCCUAUAUUAGAAAAUGGCACAGACCCAGAACACAUGACUCCAGAUGGUGCAGACUCAGAUUUCGGCCCUAUCGAUAAACCUUCAGAUUCCCUCAGUAUAGGAAAUGGUGACAGCUCUCAGCAGAUAACAAACAGUGACACACCUUCACCACCACCUGGUUUAACAAAACCCAAUCCAGUUAUACCCAUCAGUUCAUCUAAUCACAGUGCACGGUCUCCUUUUGAAGGGGCUGUAACAGAAUCACAGUCACUCUUCUCUGACAACUUCCGGCAUCCUAACCCCAUCCCUAGUGGGCUUCCUCCAUUCCCCAGCUCUCCACAGACUUCAAGUGAUUGGCCCACAGCACCAGAACCACAGAGCCUCUUCACAUCAGAAACUAUACCAGUGUCCUCCUCCACAGACUGGCAAGCAGCUUUUGGGUUUGGUUCCUCCAAACAGCAAGAGGACGACUUAGGGUUUGAUCCCUUUGACAUCACCCGCAAAGCCUUAGCAGACCUGAUUGAGAAGGAACUGUCAGUCCAAGACCAACCUUCCCUUUCGCCCACAUCUCUUCAGAACCCUACCCCACACACUACAACUGCCAAAGGGCCAGGUUCUGGAUUCCUGCAUCCUGCUGCACCCACAAAUGCCAACUCUCUCAGUAGCACCUUUCCAGUCAUGCCACAGAGGUUUCCACAGUUUCAACAGCAUCGAGCAGUUUACAACUCCUUCAGUUUUCCAGGCCAAGCAGCUCGCUAUCCUUGGAUGGCCUUCCCACGCAAUAGCAUCAUGCACUUGAACCACACAGCAAAUCCCACCUCAAAUAGUAAUUUCUUGGACUUGAAUCUCCCACCACAACACAGCACAGGUCUGGGAGGGAUCCCUAUAUCAGACAACAGCAGUUCUGUAGAGAGUUUAAAUAUGAAGGAAUGGCAGGACGGGCUAAGGGCACUUCUACCGAACAUUAACAUCAACUUUGGUGGACUGCCCAAUGCUUCUUCCCCCUCCAACGCCAACCACAGUGUACCAACGUCCAACACUGCCACCACCGACAGCCUGAAUUGGGACAGCCCUGGCAGCUGGAUGGACCCCGCAAUCAUCACAGGUAUCCCAGCCUCCACAGGAAACAGUUUAGACACCCUUCAAGAUGACAAUCCUCCCCAUUGGCUAAAAUCUCUUCAGGCCCUCACAGAGGUGGACGGCCCCAGUGCAGCGCCAUCACAGACGCACCACAGUAACCCCUUCGGCACACAGAUCCCUCUGCACAGAGCCAGUUGGAAUCCCUACUCUCCUCCUUCAAACCCCACCAGCUUCCAUUCCCCACCUCCAGGCUUUCAGACAGCCUUCAGACCCCCCAGUAAAACCCCCACAGAUCUACUACAGAGCUCAGCGCUGGAUCGUCAUUAGGAGAGGAGGAAAAAGAAAAAAGAAAAAUAAGACCCAAAACGUUAGAAAUGCAGGAAGUGUCCCACCCUGACUCCUCCCCAUGCCCACCUACUGUUCCUUGUCAUAUCUUUCUUUCUGAAGAAUCCAGUUCCUGAUCAAACUUCCCCCCCAAAUGCAAUGCCAUCACAGGGUCAUGACCAUUCUUUUUGUUAAGUUUCUAACCAUUCUAAGAAAAAAAAAGAGAGAGAAAUGAAAAUGCAGUCUCAAUGCUUAAGGAGAGUAUUACUGUCUUACUUCUUUUGCACAUGAGUAUUUCUGCCUAGUGGAAAAGUGUCAAUCUGCAGUAGGGGGAAAAGUGCAAUGCAGAAUCAAAUGCAAGAACAUAAAAAAGUUAUUUAAUUUAAAUGAAGUUACUGAACAUGUGGGGCAAGCAGUGGCCCAGCAUUUAUUUUGCAUUCAGUGUGGCACUACACAGGGAAAUUGCUAUGUUGGGGUUGGUUGGUUUUUUUUGUUUUUUUGGUUUUUUUUUUUGAGCAGGGGAUUUUAUUGCAUCAGUCAGAGUUUGACAUGAAGUGUGUUGAAAGACAAAACACUUAUAGCUAUGAGUAACUGGCAUGUUGCUAAAGAGUGUUUUAAAGAGGGGAGAAAAAGUUUUUUUCUUUAAUUUUGGCUUUAGAUUUCAAGUAAACUUUAAUGUUUUAAAAGUAUUCACAGAUUUAAUACCUAGCGUAUACGUAAUAUAAUUAUAAGCAGCUGAAACACGAGUGAUAUUUACUUCAGUCUUUCUGUCUCCUCUGUCAGUCUCUCUUUUUUUUUUUUUUUUAAGAACGAUUCACCUGAUUAGGGCACUCUGGGAUAGCACUGCAUUGGGGCCACAUGAUCACCAUCAGGAGCAACCUCUGACCUCCUCUGCCUGCAGCUUUUACUUAACCCUGUAGUUUCUGGACGUUUGUGCAGUAUUGAAAAGACAGGAAAAAAGAAACAGAUAAAUAAACAUGGUUAUAACCUGAUGCUAAAACUAAAACCAAGGAAAUGUACCUCUUUCUUCAGAAUUAAAACUAAAAUCUUAAAUAAAACAGAAAACUUGAUGAUGA